AUGGCCCUUCAAGAGUUCAUGAUUUGCUAUCCAGCGUCGCUGGACUUAUACGCAAGAAAAGACGAGGUCUGCGACCUCGAAGGAUGGCGCAUUGGUCUGCAGAAGGCAGCCGCCCAGAACCUGACGAGACAGCUGCAGGAGAUGCCCUCCAACCUCCUCACACCCACAGCUUUUGCGCAGAAUGUCGUCGAGGUGCUGUGCAAAUCCGGUGUCAAUGUGGAGGUCAAGGUCGAGGGCUGGGCCGAGAGCCAGUCAAUGCACGCCUUCCUGGCUGUGGGCAAGGCCUCGUGCGAGCUACCCAUCUUCCUGGAGCUGAGUUACUACGGCAGCUGUGCCGAGGAGCGCCCCAUUGUGCUGGUGGGCCAAGGCGUGACUUACGAUGCUGGAGGAUUGUGCCUGAAAGAGAAACAUGAGCUCUUCCAUAUGCGUGGCGACAUGACCGGGGCCGCCGUUGUGGUGGCCUGUUGUCGAGCUGUGGCUGGCCUGCGUUUACCGGUCAACAUUCGCGGCCUGAUACCUCUUUGUGAAAACGUAGUGGGCUGCAAUUCGGUCCGUACUGGGGACAUGGUCAAGUCCAUGAACGGCAAGACCAUCGAGAUCCAGUGCACCGAUCACGAGGAUGUACUGGUCCUGGCAGACGCCCUGCUGUAUGCGCAAAACUUCUGUCCCAAGUGCAUCAUUGACGUCGGCACCUGCUCGGGCUACAUGCGCCAGGCCCUGGAUGAGUCGGCUGCGGGGGUCUUUACCAACUCGGAGAUCCUGUGGCAGCAGAUCAAGCACGCCAGCAUGCAUACCGGAGAUCGUGUGUGGCGCUUCCCAUUGUGGAAAUAUUACAGCAAGGCCGUGCGUGCCGGGGGACGAAGCGAUGUGCAGAACUAUGGCAUUGACCGAGGUGGACGUCCCAGCAAGGCCGCUGCCUUUCUCCGUGAGUAUGUGCCCUGUGGCCAGUGGAUGCAUAUUGAUGCCACAAAUGUUAUGGUGACAAAGGGCUUCGAAUACGAGUAUCUGCGCAAGGGAAUGGCCGCCCGACCCGAACACUGGUGGAGUUUAUUGAUCUGACGAUUUGCAAGGAUACGGCCCCACGUUUGGCCAAGUAAUCAAUCUCUAACGGGAAUCCAAUGUUAUAUAUAUUUUUUACUGUGUUUUUUGACGAUGCCACACACGAACA